CUCCCUGCGGCUGCAGCACACAAGCGACCACUGCCGACUCCGCCUAGAUCCCGACGGGAGGCGGCGAUGGAGGUCCAUGGCAGCCCCCAAGGGUUCACUUAGCUCCUCCUAAGCAUGGGAGUUCCAGGCCUAGAUUGGCCAGGGCUAGAUCGGGAGGAUGCAAUCCAGACGGAAGACGAGUGCAGCAGACCAAGCUGGAGCGUCGAGUCUGGGAGAUCUGGAAGCAGCGGCGAUUUCACGGAGAGCUCGGCGCUGAAAUCCGACCAGUAAUCUGUAGCGGAAGCUCCGAUCUCUCCGAGUCACCUCCAUCGAUGGGGUCAGGGAACAAAAGUUCACACGAUUUCGAAGAGGAACAACUGACGCCAGAGUAUUCCCAUGAUACUGCAUCAGAAUCGCCCAAGUCUACACAUUAUAUGAAUAAGAGGCCAUAUGAUGGCAUAGUAGAAGACGACUAUCUGGACGUUCCUGCAGUUGGAUCAUCUGAUUCACCGACAGAACCUGAUACAUGGGUGAAGAGGCCACGAUUCGGGAAGAUCCCUGAUUUCAGAACAGCAAAAAAUGGGAGGAAGAGCACUUUGGAAUUAAAAAUGAGAAAAUUUGGAAAUAGGAAUUCAGAUGAGGUAGUUGCUCCUGAACCAGGAAUGGAGUUUGAUUCUUUACCAGAAGCAUUCGACUUCUUCAACCUCUACUCCUGGGAGGUUGGCUUCGGCAUCAGAUAUGGGGCGUCUAGGAAGAAUAAACAAGGGAGCAUGACGAUGCAGGAGAUCCUGUGCGGAUGCGCGAGUCAUUCGAAGUUGCAAUGAGCAGUAUGUUAGAUGCAAUCCCCAAGAUCACAGAGGCAAGCAGGAUUUGUGAUGGUCUUGGGCUGGAACAGAGGCUUCAUGCAUCAGGCCUGGGAGGAAACAUAAAUGCCGGAUCAGGACAUGGAGAUGCACCCGGACGGACUAGCCUAACCCCUGGCAUGGUUGCUCCAUUCAAGAAAACGGAUUUAGGCCGCCCGACUUCAGCAAGAGCCAAACCUGGCUAUGAUGUUAGCGUGCCAAGAACACGUUUUUGCACUGUAUGCCGCAGCAGGUCACAUAACUCUGGAAGUUGUCCCUCUGUCGACAAGAGCACUAAGAAGCCUAGGAGGGAGGCACGGUAUUCUAACUGUGGAAUACCAGGACAUAAGAAGAAUGUAUGUCAAUCGCGGGGAUAUACGGUGAUGAACCAGUGAGAUGUCUUACAGCCCUUUAUUCAGUUAAACACUGCUCGUGUUCACUGAUGCCAUUUUUUCGGAUCAACGACGCCGGCUUUUAUUCUUUGUGUUUGGUGGUUUGCACCAAAUCUGUACUAACAUUAUCAUUCAUUGGCAGAUUAGACUAGCUUUGUAAACCACUCUUGGGUUAUCUGUCACACACGGCAUGAGCCUAUCUUUUUUGACGUGUCACCAUUUUUAAAUCUGUUCAGUUGUAAUGCAUCUGGGGCUAGUUGGCCCUACUAUAUGCGAGGAAACAGUGUAUGUUCCGAGUGUAAUCCGAAAGUCUUUUUUUGUAUGUCUUUUGGCUCC